CGGCGUCUGAGCGUUGGUAGGGACUGUCAUCCUGCCUGGCUGCCCGGUUUUUUGGAGAGGAGAAGUUGGCAGAGGGAUGUUCCUGCGAUGAUGGCGCUGCAGCUUAAGAGCGGGGAUGCCGCGUACUACCAGAGUGCAGAAUACUGCAGAAACUACACUUCGCCGCCUGUCAGCUACGGUGACAGCAGCCAUUAUCUCGCACGAUUGCCAGGUCCAGAAACCAUGUUGAAGCCUCCCCUGAGUCUCUUCAGUCAUCCCCAGCAGCCUUUCCAACACAUGGAUUCUUUACAUCAGUUGGGACCUCCGCCAAUGGCACCUGCACACCCUCUUGGUCCACCACCCAUUGCCCCCGCUCAAUCUAUUGGACCUCCAACUAUGGCUCAUGGCCAGAGUCUAGGCCCGCCUCCCAUAAAUGCACCUCAUACAUUAAGGCCUCCUCCCAUUACCCCGCCACACACUUUAGGCCCCCCUCCAAUGCCUCCAGGUCAGUCAUUGGGGCCUCCGCCAAUGGCACACACCCUGGGUCCCCCACCAGUAGAUCACACACAAGCAAUAGUGCCUCCAACCAUGGACCUUACACAGCAGCUGGGGCCUCCACAUAUGAACCCUGCACAAGCACUGGUGCCUCCACCUGUAGUGGCACCAACAGCAGGUCGAUUUCCCCUCCCUCCCAGCCCCUUGUCCUCACCUCCUGCUCCCGGCCCUGACCCUUCACAGAUGCCCCCAAGGCCCCUAGGACCAGCCCUCAUCCCAGCUACAGUGUCCAGCCUCAUCUGCGGUCCACUCCCAGGCCAGGCAGCCCCAACCAGUGAGCAGCCCCAGGAUGAGGGCUCCUCGCUGGGGACAGAGGAGCAGGAGGACUCUCUGGGACUAGAAGAACUGUGUAAACCGCUGUACUGUAAACUCUGCAACGUUACCCUCAACUCUGCUCAGCAGGCACAGGCUCACUACCAGGGAAAGAACCACAGUAAAAAGCUACGAAAUUUCUAUGCUGGCAGUCAGCAGCCACCGGCCAUCAGGAUCCCAGAAGCCUUUGAGACUGCGGGCCAGACGGCCCUGAGCUCAGGGUCCAGCGACAGUGACGCAGGCAGGCAGGCGCUGUAUAAGGGGGCGCCCAGGGUCAUCUUGGCCACAGAGAAUGACUAUUGUAAAUUGUGCGACGCUUCCUUCAGUUCACCAGCAGUUGCGCAGGCCCACUACCAGGGCAAGAACCAUGCCAAGAAACUACGGCUGGCUGAAGCCCAACAGAACGCGAGUACCAUGGAAAGCAGCAAUGAGACAACUCCGAGAAGGAACAGGAAAGAUGGCAGUGAGUACCGGCUAGUGAAAAAUCGUCGCAGCCCACAAGUACCCGCUUCCAUGCCAGGGCCGUACUACAACCCCAGACCGAGGCAGCGCAUCCCCCGGGACUUGGCCAUGUGCGUGACUCCCAGCGGACAGUUCUACUGCUCCAUGUGCAACUGCGGAGCCGAGCAGGAGACGGACUUCAGGCAGCAUUUGGAGAGCAAGCAGCACAAAGCAAAAGUGUCGGAGCUAAGAUACCGCCAUGAGAUGGAGAACCUCGGCUACAGCUAAGAGACACAAGAGGGGAAGGGAAGAGAACAUGUAAAGAGUACAAGAACGCAGGGCAGGAAACUGAAAAUACUGCCAUACUUUUGAAGAGCAUAUUUAGUGGAGUGAUUGCAUCAAGAUCUUUUUGCACUUUAUUUGGUGUAUGGAUUAAACGCAUAAUCUUUCAAUUUGAUAGGAAAUAUAUAAAUAGAGGUGGCUGGUUGUGGCUCAGGUGGUAGAUCAGAUUGUCCACAAAGUGCAGGGUUGACAGUUUGAUCCCUAUUUCCUGAUAGACAGCCCAGCUUUUCGUGUCGCAUCUGCUCUGAUACAGGAGGCUAAAAUUGGAUUCCAUUAAUCCUUGUAUUGCUCUAGAAAGUGUGUAUUUAAUCAGCUCAUAACAUUCAGAGGAAAUUGUAGAUUUUUAAUCUUAAAACUUUGAACAAAAAAAAAAAUCUGUUUUCUAGCCACAGAAUCAGACUACAUUUUUAAGCCAUUAUCCUUUCUUAUACUUUCUGCUCCAGUUCCUCCAAAGCUUUAAGUGGGUUACAUUCUGACUCAGGGCACAGGUAAAUGCAAAAGAAAUGCAAAGAAAUCUGAAAGAGGGGAAAUCAGGGUUUUGCUUUUUUGGCAGAAAGUCAGGUGGACAUGAGAAGAGGCUCAAGAAGCCUCAGCGAAGACAAAGAUACGCAGAAAACUUGAAAAGUACAAAAAUGCAGACAAGGUUGAGUGAGGGGGCAAUUCCUUUAUGUUACAAAAACUUGGGAAAACAACUACUAAGUUUUGGUUUGAGAUGAUUUUUUAAACUCUUACGAGUCAUUUAGCCCUGCAGGUAUUUUUUAUAGGUCCUGCAGCAGGGACUGCAGGGGAAAACUUACAACCACAGAGCCACACGGGACACAAAUUCAGCAUCUUUACAACCAAACAGAUGUAAUAAAAUCCAAAGCACUACUUGCUAAUUUUAAAAAAAAAGCACAAUGAACUUCACCUAAUGAAACAGUGUUAUAUGAAACUGUGAGCCUUAGCUGACUUCCUACUUGUCCUGAGGUGUGUAUCAGGCUGAAGGCUCUUGCAAGCCUUGCUGGUGCCUUUGGAGGAAGUUAGGCUAAAGAGUAAGCUUUGGCUAGCCAUUUUGGCGAUAUAGUAAAAAACCAAUCUGUCACAUUGAUUGGAUUUUUCUGUAUUCACAAAUGUUAUGUAAAUAUUCUUAAUAUUGCAUUAUAGAUGUAAAUAGACUAUAGUAGACAUGAAUCCUAUUGAUUAUUUGAUCAGUGUUAGCUCACCAUCUCUUGUAAACUCUCAUAAUCUAUUUAACAACUAUCAGGAAUCUUGUAAGUGUGCACUGAGUGAAUGUCUUCUUUUUUGAGCACUGUAUGUUUGUGUGUGGAUUUCACUGUAGGCCCUCCGUACCACUUUGGAUGGCGCCUUUGUAAGUAACUCUGGUACCGUCAGUUCUGGUUAAAAAGCUGCUAGUCUCAUCGUUUUUACUUUGGAAGGAAGGAGAACAGAGUGCCAGCAGAGGCUGCCCCUAAGGGCGAAACAUGCUUUGAUGACGAGAACAAGACAAAAUUUUCCUCUUGAAAAACGCUCAAACGCGCAAACGCUUUCAAACUGAACGCACUUAACUCUAAACUUCAAAUUGACUCGCAAAUUGCAGCGCUCCUGGAUGUUUCUGCUUGUGAGACAUGUCAUUUAAUACUCCCAGUCUUGAUUCCCAGAGGGGACGUAAGCAGGUUUUACUGCAGUGUGUGCAACGACUGCUAAACAGUAACAUGGACUGUGCCGCAAUGGUUUUUUUGUGUUGCUUUGGCCUGUUUGUGUUGCUUUUUCCACAUACGAGGAGAUCCAGC